AUGGCUAAGGCUGAAGAGUAUGCAAAGAAGCGUGAUGGAGAAUGUCUUGGUAGAGAAUUUAUUGUUAUCGAUUUAACUAGAGCAAAAGAAGAUGCUUUAUAUCUUCGCAAGGGAUGGGACAGACCACUUGAUAUUUCUAAUGAAUAG